GCCCGGAUCCCAAUCCGGGAAGCGUGCACCGAGACUGGUUUAGUUCUGUGUGUCCACAGAGGAGGUGAAAAGAACCCAAGUGGUCCCGGGAGAGAUCUGAACUGCAGCGAGGGCUUCCGGCUCCAUAGGGAGUGGGGGGCGGGUGCCCACUUACUGAGGCCCGGUUUCCUUACCCCCAUUUUACAGAGCCUGGUGUAUGGAGGGGGAAUCCCAAGGGCCGCCGAGGCCAGCAGCGAUGGAGAACGGCACCGGACCCUGCGGAGAAAAACUUCCACUCGCGGCUCAGGAGACGACAGUCACCGAGGGGGCCGCCAAGAUCGCCUUCCCCAGCGCCAACGAAGUCUUUUACAACCCUGUGCAGGAGUUCAACAGGGACCUGACAUGUGCUGUGAUCACUGAGUUUGCUCGGAUUCAGCUUGGAGCCAAAGGAAUCCAGAUCAAGGUGCCAGGAGAGAAGGAUCUUCAAAAGGUGGUUGUCGACUUGUCAGAACAAGAGGAAGAAAAGGUUGAACCCAAAGGUGAAAACCUGACCACAGGAGCUCAAUCUCGGACAGCUGCGGUGGGGGAGAUCUGUGAGGAAGGCCUGCGGGUGCUGGAGGGCCUGGCAGCUUCUGGCCUUCGAUCUAUCCGCUUCGCCCGGGAGGUACCUGGACUCCGGUCUGUGGUUGCCAACGAUGCCUCUGCCCAAGCUGUGGAGCUCAUGCGCCGUAACGUCCAGCUCAACAAUGUGGGCCACCUGGUGCAGCCCAGCCACGCAGAUGCCCGGAUGCUGAUGUACCAACACCAGAGGGUGUCAGAGCGGUUUGAUGUCAUUGACCUGGACCCUUAUGGCAGCCCCGCCCCCUUUCUAGAUGCAGCUGUGCAGGCAGUGAGUGAAGGAGGGCUGCUGUGUGUCACCUGCACGGACAUGGCGGUGCUGGCGGGGAACAGCGGGGAGACAUGCUACAGCAAGUAUGGGGCCAUGGCCCUCAAGAGCCGGGCCUGCCACGAGAUGGCCCUGAGGAUCGUCUUGCAUAGCCUGGACCUCCGUGCCAACUGCUACCAGCGUUUCGUGGUGCCGCUGCUCAGCGUCAGCGCCGACUUCUACGUGCGUGUCUUCGUGCGUGUCUUCACGGGCCAGGCCAAGGUCAAGGCUUCAGCCAGCAAGCAGGCGCUGGUGUUCCAGUGCGUGGGCUGUGGCACCUUCCACCUGCAGCGCCUGGGCAAAGCAUCUGGAGAUCCUGGUGGCCGGGUUAAGUUCUCUGCGGCCUGUGGUCCCCCGGUGACCUCUGAGUGCGAGCACUGUGGACAGCGACAUCAACUUGGUGGUCCCGUGUGGGCAGAGCCCAUCCAUAACCUGGACUUUGUGGGCCGCAUCCUUGGGGCCGUGAGCGCCAACCCCAGCCGUUUCCACACCUCACAGCGGAUCCAGGGUGUCCUAAGUGUGAUCACCGAGGAACUCCCAGAUGUGCCUCUCUACUACACACUGGGCCAGCUGAGUGCCACCAUCCACUGCAACACUCCCAGCCUCCUGCAGUUGCGGUCGGCCCUCCUUCAUGCGGGCUUCCGGGUGUCGCUCUCACAUGCCUGCAAGAACGCAGUGAAGACGGAUGCCCCCCCUUCGACUCUCUGGGACAUCAUGCGCUGUUGGGAAAAGGAGUGUCCUGUGAAACGAGAGCGACUGUCAGAGACCAGCCCAGCAUUCCGCAUUCUCAGUGUGGAGCCCAGGCUGCAGGCCAACUUCACCAUCCGAGAUGACGCCAACCCCAGCUCCCGCCAGCGAGGGCUCAAGCGCUUCCAGGCCAACCCAGAGGCCAACUGGGGUCCCCGGCCCCGCGCCCGGCCAGGGGGCAAGGCCACUGGAGAAGCCAUGGAGGAGAGACGUAGGCUCAUGCAGAAUAAACGGAAGGAGCUGGCCGAGGACCCAGCUCAGCGGGCUGCCCGGCUUAAGAUGUUUCCUUGCAAAAGGUUCAAGGAGGGCACCUGUCCACGAGGAGACCAAUGCUGCUACUCCCACAGCCCCCCAUCGCCAGGAGCCUGUGCAGAUGCUCCCACAGACUGUGCAGAGACCCCCAGCCACAGCCCCCCUGGGCCUGGCUCUGCCACUAGGCCAGGGGUAGAUUGAGUCAAUAAAGAGAUGUUCUGGCUGUCAAUUUGAGUGGGAGG